AUGUGCCUCAAUAUCCUCACCCACCACAGCUGCUUCCACCCGGUCUUCACGUCGACAAAGACCAGCAUGGACUGUUCCGAGACUAUCCACAACGUCGUCUCCCACGACUACAGCGAGUCCCCUUGCACUGCCUGCCUGAUGUCAAUCACCGACGAUGACCGCAGCAAACAUAACUACCUCGCUGAGCAGGCAGUCAAAACGUUGUUUUACACCCGCUGUGUCGAUCAAUCCAACAAUCAACUCCUCGCUCAGAUCCUCGACUAUUAUAUGUUCCACUCCUCUCCCGGCCAUGAGUGUAAGGAACCGUAUCACUGCUAUGAACAGUGUCCCUACAAGUAUUAUACGUAUUGCACACGUACUAAGGACGACAUCGCGAGAAUGCCACCUCCCUUAAGGCUUCAGCUUUAUGGCUCUGGAACCUAUCUUGACCACGCUGCGAACACUGUUCACGUCCGUGAGGGAAAGCGUCCUGAGGGAAUGUUCGAUGCGGACUUGUAUCCUUAUGCCAACUUGCCAUUAGUGGCAAGGGCACGCAAUCGUCCCGAGUUCUACCAGGACUUUGGAGCGGUGGAUGGGGAGGAGGGUUCCCCGUGGGAAAUCUGGGACAAGGCUUGUCGUGCUGGGUCGUCUGCUCCUGGCGUCAUUCAAAGUGAGUCUGAUAUGUUCGAUACAGCUACAUGGGAUAUGUAUGAGACUGAUCAUGAUGAUGUGAAGAUGUAA